GCUGAGGAGGGGACCCGAGUCACCGCCACCGACGCCGUGCGCGGGCCCGCGUCCCGCCAUGAAGUUUCGGGCCAAGAUCGUGGACGCGGCGUGUCUGAACCACUUCACGCGGGUCAGUGCCAUGAUAGCCAAGCUGGCCAAGACAUGCGCGCUCCGCAUCAGCCCGCAGAAGCUGAACUUCAUCCUCUCCGACAAAGUGGCCAGCGGGGGCGUGAGCAUGUGGUGUGAGCUGGAGCAGGAGAACUUCUUCAGUGAAUUCCAGAUGGAGGGUGUCUCUACAGAAAACAACGCCAUCUACCUAGAGCUGACCUCGGAAAAUCUGUCUCGGGCCUUGAAGACGGCCCAGAAUGCCAGAGCCCUGAAGGUCAAGCUGACGAACAAACACUUCCCCUGCCUCACCGUUUCCAUAGAGCUGUUGUCUGUGUCGAGCAGUAGCCGCAUUGUGACACACGACAUCCCCGUUAAGGUUAUUCCUAGAAAAUUGUGGAAGGAUUUGCAAGAACCUACAGUCCCGGACUCCGACGUCAGCGUUUAUCUUCCGGUCUUGAAGACGAUGAAGAGCGUCGUGGAGAAAAUGAGGAACCUCAGCAAUCACCUUAUUAUCGAAGCAAACCUAAGUGGAGACUUGAACUUGAAAAUAGAAACAGAACUAGUGUGUGUUACAACUCACUUUAAAGACCUGGGGAACCCUCCAUUGGCCUCGGAGGACGCCUCCCAGGAUCGAGACCCAGCGCAGAUGGCUGAAGUGCACAUAGACAUCCGGAAGCUCCUGCAGUUCCUCGCUGGGCAGCAAGUGAAUCCCACGCGGGCCGUGUGCAACAUUGUCAGCAACAAGCUUGUCCAUUUUGAUUUGCUCCAUGAAGACGUGUCCCUGCAGUACUUCAUCCCGGCCUUCUCCUAGCCCGCCUCCGGCCACGCGCAUCUGCGCGUUACUCUGCCCCACCAUGAUAGUCUAGCUAAAAACUGAGUUCAUGGAAGACAGCUGGAUAAACAUACUUCUUUUUGUGACGUUUUGUUCUCGUGUCUGUUUUGUCGUUAAGACAUGGGAAAUGGGAACAAGAGCACGUAUCUAUGCAGACUUCAGGUAGGGUGGGGCUCCCAGACGCUGCCCGGCUCUGGCUCUGCUCCUUGGAGCCUGAUAACUGGGGCACGCAGAGGUCACACAGGGCAACGGGGGUGUCGAGGGGUGCCCGGCUGCAGCUCAUGGAGCUUGGGGUCCGUGCCCGUGAAGGCCAAGUCCCUGGGCUCAGAUGCUGGUCCUCCAGGUUCCCUGAGGCCCAUGGGGGUCCUCGGUGACGGUCCUCACCAUCCUGUCUUCAUGCGCAGCACUCGGCUGUCUGGAAAGCACAUAGAAUUUGGACAAAGAAGAGCUCCAGGGGCUGUGUUCAGGGCUGAGACCACAUCUGGUUGUCUCUGCACGGGCGGGCCGGACUCCGCCCGGCAGGGUCUGCUUUCUCAUCUGCCAGGGCCUGCCCCAUCGCAUCCCGUGGUGGGAGAGUUCCCUCUGCCCUGUGGACGGGAUGUCGUGAGCAGUGUCUUAACUCCUGCAACAGCUGAGCAGUGAGGCCGUGGCCUGGGGUAGAGGAGGAAGGGGGACAUCUGCACAAGUGGAAAACUCUUCUGUGGCCUUUUCUGAGUCUGGGGUGAAAACCAGCAUUUGAGAGCCUCUCUGGAUGCUGAUAUUAUCAGUGGUAGUUCACGUGGGGCCUAAUACUUGGUCACGUAACGCUUUAAAGCCAGCUCGUCAUUUUGCUUUUCAAGCCUCUCUCCUCUCUUUGGCUGCGGCCAGCGGUAAAACUUAGAAACUCCUGAUGUUCGAUGAAGCAAUGUCUGAAAAUAGUUGAUAAAACUUUUUUUGUUGUUGUUAAAGAAAAUGCGUAGUCAGUUACUAGAUGAGGAAAUUGGUUCUUUCUGAUUAUUUGAACGAUGUUUAACAUGUAAUAAAGUAAGAUACAGGUCCUAGGAUAAGUUAGUGGUAAGAUGGCGCAUCUUCUAACCUGUCGGGCGCGGCGUGCCUCGGGUCUCUGCCCGGACAUGGAGCGCGCGUCUGCGGGCAUCCCGCCCUUGGGUGUCUGCUGUCACGGGCAGGGCCCGUCCAUGUCAGAGCUGCCCAGACACUUGGGGUUCUGCACCAUGGAUCCUUUAUUUGCCAGAGUGGAUUGCGUGGCUUGCCUGGGGCCACGCGGCUGGGGGUGGGGUGGGACUAGGACCCGCGCAUCUGACUUGGGGUCGGUAACCCUCUUCUCGGGGCGCCGCCGCGCGGCCGGAGCCUGAGUCCUGCAUGGCAGUCGGGGUCCACCCGUGGCUUCCUGCGUCUGGGAAGAGGAUGUUCGGGAUAGCUCCUGUGGUAAAGCGGCUUCACGUGCAGUUUCUAAAAUGUGCUGCAACCACGUGUAACUGCCCUCGGGUUUCUACAGCGUCGGUUUAAGCGCUCCCGGAUUGUGAUGGUUUUAGCGAUGGCCCGAGUCUGUGCGUGUGGCCCCGCAGGCUGUCCCUAGGGGUCGGGACGCGGGCGCUCUUCCUGCUUCUUGGAAGCACUCCCUGCUUCGCGCUGGCCGGGCCUCGGCCUCGGAGCCUUGGCCCAGGAUGGCUCCCGCAGGCUUCGGGACCCACCGGGCUGCUUUUCUGAGCAGCACGCCACGGGGAGUUCUGCCGGCUCAGCGGAGGAGCGCGAGGAACGUGCGUACGGUUUGAACAGGCAGCGUGUUUCCAGACUGACACCCCCAGUGCUGAGGUCUCUCGCCCACGUCCUGCACUUCGGGGACAUGCUCUGCUGGCUGCGGCCGUGUGGGGCUUCCCUGGUGCUCGGGCUCAGGGAUGUUUAAGAAUCCUCGACCCCGCAGCUCGUGACUCUCGUCCGGUGCCUCGUCAUCCUCCUCGCAGGUGCCCCUGGGCCUGGCAGAGGACCCACUCGGUCUGCGUUUUCCUGGGCGGGAAGCGUGGCUCUGUCCAGGCAGCGGAGGCACCGAGUGGCUCUCGUGUUCUCCGUGGACACCGUCCAGUGGGCGGAGCUGCGUUUGAAGAGACACAGUCGUGUCCUUGACUCUGGAGUCCAGUGUGGGGUCGGAAGGAAAGUUUCAGCUCCUGGCGUUUUUCAGCUUCUCAAUAUCGUCCUUGAGCCAGGAGGCGGGCAGUCUCUGUCCGGAUAUGAGGGGGGCAUUAACCCCACAGACACCCUGGGGUCCGCUCGAUUAUUGACUAUGUUUGGGAAGCCCUGAAAGGCUUGUGUGCCCUUUGACCCAAUAUUUCUGAUUAUAGGAAUUUUCACAGAAAUUAUAAUCAAAGCUGUUGCUGUGAUCUUGUACUAAAAAAUCCUGAAUAUGAAUUCCUAGGGGGUUUGUUAAAUUAUCUAUGGUGUGACAGUAUUUUCUGCUGUAAAAGUAACAUUACAGAGACACUCAGGGUGUCUGGUCGGAUUCCAGUUCGAGAAUAAUCACAUACGUGUGGGGGUAUGUGUGUGUGAGUGAGUGACAGGGAAAGGUUGGAAAAAUAUAUAGCAGGGCUUAACCCUGAUUAUUUAUGAAUGUUUCAUUUCGGUCUUUGUAAACUGAGGUGUCCUCUGAAACUCUUAUAAUCAGUUUUGUAACAAAAAAUAAAUUAUUUUUGGAGGGCC